AUGGGUGAUGUUGAGAAAGGCAAGAUUUUUGUUCAGAAAUGUGCCCAGUGCCACAUCUCGGAAAAAGGAGGCAAGCAUAAGACUGGACCAAAUCUCCAUGGUCUGUUUGCACGGAAGACAGGUCAGGCUGUUGGAUUCUCCAACAGAGAUGCCAACAGGAAUAAAGGUAUCACCUGGGGAGGGGACACUCUGAUGGAGUAUUUGGAAAACCCCAAGAAAUACAACUCUGGAACCAAAAUGAUCUUUGCUAGCAUUAAGACAAAGAACGAAAGGGCAGACUUGACAGCUUAUCUCAAAAAAGCUACUAAUGAGUAAUAGUUGGCCACUGCCUUAUUUAUUACAAAUCAGGAAUGUCCCGAGAC